AUGGAGAAUGCGGCGCCCGUGAAGAGGCGGCCAUUUUGGAACGUCCGGUUGACCAGAUCUGCAGCCAAGGUCGUAAACGCAGAGACAAACGUGGACGUGGGGCAUCUUGAGCAGGAGCCAGAGCAGGAGCCAGAGGAGGAGCCAGAGAAGGAGCCAGAGCAGGAGCCAGAGCAGGAGCCAGAGCAGGAGCCAGAUCAGGAGCUAAAGGAGGAGCCAGAGCAGGAGCCAGAGCAGGGGCCAGAGCAGGAGCUAAAGGAGGAGCCAGAGCAGGAGCCAGAGCAGGGGCCAGAGCAGGAGCCAGAGCAGGAGCUAAAGGAGGAGCCAGAGCAGGAGCCAGAGCAGGGGCCAGAGAAGGAGCCAGAGGAGGAGCCAGAGCAGGAGCUAAAGGAGGAGCCAGAGCAGGAGCCAGAGCAGGGGCCAGAGCAGGAGCUAAAGGAGGAGCCAGAGCAGGAGCCAGAGCAGGAGCCAGAGAAGGAGCCAGAGAAGGAGCAGGAGCCAGAGAAGGAGCCAGAGCAGGAGCCAGAGGAGGAGCCAGAGCAGGAGCCAGAGGAGGAGCCAGAGCAGGAGCUAAAGGAGGAGCCAGAGCAGGAGCCAGAGCAGGGGCCAGAGCAGGAGCCAGAGCAGGAGCCAGAGCAGGGGCCAGAGCAGGAGCCAGCGCAGGAGCCAGAGAAGGAGCCAGAGGAGGAGCCAGAGCAGGAGCUAAAGGAGGAGCCAGAGCAGGAGCCAGAGCAGGGGCCAGAGCAGGAGCUAAAGGAGGAGCCAGAGCAGGAGCCAGAGCAGGAGCCAGAGAAGGAGCCAGAGAAGGAGCAGGAGCCAGAGAAGGAGCAGGAGCCAGAGGAGGAGCCAGAGCAGGAGCCAGAGGAGGAGCCAGAGCAGGAGCUAAAGGAGGAGCCAGAGCAGGAGCCAGAGCAGGGGCCAGAGCAGGAGUUAAAGGAGGAGCCAGAGCAGGAGCCAGAGAAGGAGCCAGAGCAGGAGCCAGAGAAGGAGCCAGAGAAGGAGCAGGAGCCAGAGGAGGAGCCAGAGCAGGAGCCAGAGGAGGAGCCAGAGCAGGAGCCAGAGGAGGAGCCAGAGGAGGAGCCAGAGCAGGAGCCAGAGAAGGAGCCAGAGGAGGAGCCAGAGCAGGAGCCAGAGGAGGAGCCAGAGGAGGAGCCAGAGCAGGAGCCAGAGCAGGAGCCAGAGGAGGAGCCAGAGGAGGAGCCAGAGGAGGAGCCAGAGCAGGAGCCAGAGGAGGAGCCAGAGCAGGAGCCAGAGGAGGAGCCAGAGAAGGAGCCAGAGGAGGAGCCAGAGCAGGAGCCAGAGGAGGAGCCAGAGGAGGAGCCAGAGCAGGAGCCAGAGCAGGAGCCAGAUAAGGAGCUAAAGGAGGAGCCAGAGCAGGAGCUAAAGGAGGAGCCAGAGCAGGAGCCAGAGCAGGGGCCAGAGCAGGAGCUAAAGGAGGAGCCAGAGGAGGAGCCAGAGGAGGAGCCAGAGGAGGGUCCGGAUCUGCCGCCGGGAACCAGAGACCCGCUGGAACCAGAGACCCGCUGGAACCAGAGACCCGCUGGAUCCACGGCUCCCUCUGUGGUCGUGUGA